AUACCUGCUCUUUCAGCUGUCAGAGGACAUCACUGAAGAUGAGCUGAAAUCUUUCAAGUUUCUUUUGGGGAAGGACCUACCAAAAUGCAGGCUAAACCCUAAGACUACAAUGCUCGACGUUUUCAUUGAGAUGGAGAAGAAGGGGAUUUUGGGAGAAGACAACCUAAGUAUCCUGAAGAGUCUUUGUGCAGAAAUUAACAUCAGCCUGUUGAAGAGAAUUGAAGAGUAUGAAUUAAACCUAUUUGGUGAAGAAGAGAUGCUCAUCACAGAGGGACAGAGGGGAAGCACAAGAGGCCCUGAAGCCCAUGCCAGACGGCCACCAUUAUCUGUGGGAUCUGAUUCUCCUGGCAGUCAGAAUGAAUCUUCCCAGCUUGAAACUUACAAAAUGACUAGCCGACCCCGUGGAGUGUGCCUGAUCCUGAAUAAUCAUGAUUUUGCAAAAGCCAGGGAAGCAGUGCCAGAACUCAAAAACUUGAAGGAUCGGAAUGGGACAGAUGUGGAUGCAGCGGCUCUGAGAAGAGUCUUUAGCAAGCUUCAUUUUAAAAUAGCAGAAUGUAGAGACCUCACUGCAGAGGAAAUCCGUAAGACUGUGAACAUCUAUCGGUGCGAAGACCACAAGGACAAAGACUGUUUUGUUUGCUGUAUUCUGUCUCAUGGGAAAAAAGGCAUUAUAUAUGGUGUCGAUGGGCAGGAAGUCCCUAUCCAGGAACUGACUACUUCUUUCACUGGACAGAAUUGCCACUCACUUGCUGGAAAACCAAAAGUCUUUUUUGUUCAGGCCUGCCAAGGUGAAGCUUGCCAGAAGGGUGUGACUAUCGAAACAGAUUCUGGAGAGCAAGACUCUUCUGUAGAAACAGAUGCAAGAUUUCAGCUUGACUGCAUCCCCGAAGAGGCAGACUUCCUCUUGGGCAUGGCUACCCUGCAAGAUUACGUUUCCUACAGAAACCCAAAGCAGGGGACCUGGUACAUCCAGGCAUUGUGCCAACACUUGGAGUACAGCUGUCCUCGAGGAGAAGAUAUUCUCACCAUCCUGACAGCAGUGAAUCAAGAGGUGAGCAGAAAGAGUUGCAAGCCAAAUGCAGAGAAGCAGAUGCCACAGCCCAGUUUCACACUAAGGAAAAAGCUAAUCUUUCCUGUCAACUAAACAGGAGGGAACUGCAUGGCAGAGGGAGCUGCAGCAGCCUGGAAUUGGCUGUUAUCAGCUGAGAAUUGGGUAAAACAU